GUGUGUCUUUCAACAAGUAAACUCUGUUCUGUGUUGCACUUCUUGUUUUUAUCACUGCCCUUUGAUUUAUUCGAGUAUUGUUUUAAAUGGGUUUUGUUUUCUGAUUACAAGUUUGUUUUUUUAUUUACAUGUUUGGCUAUAUGUUGUUAUUGUGAUAAUCAGGUAGAAUCACCUUCAAGUUCAAAUAUUUUUUAUCUUAGUCGAAUCGGACAUACCAGGACAGCUCUAAUUACUAUUCCAGAAAGUGUAUUGUGAUGGCUAUGGACAUAAAAGGCAUAACUUGGGUUGGAAAUAUAUACCAGCAGUUUGAGGAUAUGUGCCUAGAGGUGGAAGACUCAGUGUUUGAGGAAACUGUUAAAUACAUAGAGAAUCAGAUGCAGACUGUUGGGGAAAGUGUUAAAAAGAUCUAUUCCGAUGUCAUGCAAGAUUUAAUUCCUCCAUCUUCAUCUGAUUUGGAUGAAAAGGCAGCCCCUGAAUUGCCUAAAGAUCAACAUUCUGAUGCUGGGUUAUGUAAGAAGUCAUUUCAAUGUUCCACAAAAAUAACUACAAAGGCUGAUACCAAACAAACAACAAAGGAUUCAAGGAUCAAUAAUAAUAUUGAUAGGGAUGUAAUCCACGCUGGAUCCUGUGAACUCCUCAAUGUAAAUCAAAAUCAUACAGUUGCUGUUUCAAAGCCAGAAUCUGAUGAAGUAACAACCCUUGCCUCUGUAGCAGACUGUGUUAAUGAAAUUGAAAAUGCAAGUACUGAACAGAUCUCCAAUGUUCUGGUAUUGGUUAAAUCAGCUGAAGAGAAAGAGAGGAAUAUGAGUUCUUCCUCCAGCGUCGAUUAUGAAGAUAUAUAUGAGUUCUCUAUGGUCAGAACGAAGCAGCCUGAUGAUUGUUCUGAUAAUGCAAUCAUUGUAUCUCAUCCAGAAAUCCCAGAAACAUGGAGUUUGGAUAUAGCAAAGGUUGAUACUGGUAUAGAGCAAGGCCAUAAAACCAUGCAACAAGAUGAUGAGCUGAAGCUUGAUGAAACUUGUGUUAUGGUGACCAGAGAUGAACUUCAAUCAGUUCCCAAGGCAGGGGGUAAUCUAAAGACUAGCAAGAAAAAGAAGCCACAACCCUUUUCUUUAUCCAAGAACUCUGCAAGGAAGCAAGAGUAUGAGGAACUUGCAACAUGGCAUGGGAACAAUGAAAAAGGAAAGGGUGAUUGGGUGGAUAAUUCAUGUCCAACUUUACUGAAAGAUCAAAAGAAACCACUGCUUUCUGAUAUUGCUGAACCUGAGUGGGAGCUUCUCUAAAUACCAGGAUGAUAAAGUUGUGUAGAUACACAACCAACCCUACAAAUUGUACAUCCACUUCUUAGUCCUUAUGCAGGAGAUUGAUGCAGCAAAGAUUCAAUGUCCUACAUUAUCUCUAUUAUGUUACUACAUGUCCUUUCCUAGCUCCAAAAUCCCCUCCCUCCCCCUUCCUUUUUUUUUUUCUUCUGCUGAAAGAAAAAAAUACAAAAUAGAAGCCUUAUUUAACCUUUGAAAUGAGAACCUCCAAAUAGAGUAGUUAAUAUAGCUUGAACCUAUUCUAUAUGGAAUACUUA